GAGCUAUCAGCGUGCGUGCAUAGUGGUUGGCGAGGGACAAUGGGUUUGGUCUGGGAAGUAGAAUCGGCGGCUCUGUCUGCCUUCUUUCGUUGAGAAAAUUAAAGAUGGGCUUGGAUGGUAUAGACAAGCGCGUGGGUGGGCGGGGCUUCUCGGGGUUGGUUUGGUCUGGUCUGGCCUGGCCAGGCCUUGCUUGGUCUGCCCAGGUCUUUUCAGGUCCGAUCCAGUCAGGCCAAGUUGAGCAUUCCCACAGCUUCGGCCCCUCGCUCACUCACUACCGGGCGCAGUGUAGGUCGUGUCGUGUCGUUAGAGCGGGAGACCGCAUGGUAUGUAACAUGGAUUUGAGCGCUUCUAACUGAAUUGGAGUUUUUUUCUUCGCUGCUGCUGCGUUGUUGGUGCUGUUUGUCUUUGUCUCUGGCUCCCUCGCUCUCUCUAUUUGGCUGUGUGUGUUGUGUGUGCUUCUUUGUAUAUGAG